AUGUCUGUUGUGGCCGACCAAGUCCGUCGCCUAGACGCGCAGCUGGACCGGAUCCCUCUGGGCCUUAGCCUCUCCCAAGAUGAUGGCGAGCUUUCUGCUGAGGAACAUGGCAUUUUCAACUCUGCCGCGGUAGACGCCUUUUCGUCCCCGAGAAUCGACGAGCUCCUCCGCAUCGCGAGAGCUCUAUCUACUACUUCGUCCUCGCUCUCCCUACUCCCUUCCCAUAGGAUCCACGCCCUUCUGCAUCAGUCGAAACUCGCGGAAUGGGAUUUUCACGCGGAGCAGAACGAAGGGGCUGGCCGAGGUCAUUAUCAAUCCGAAAUCGAAUGGCUACUCAUCAGCAAAGCCACUGUGCAAACCUAUGGAAUCAUCUUAAACGUUCUCCUGGACCAGAUCAUCCCCCUGAGCGACGAGAUGUGGUACUGGGACGAGGUUUUGAGCUCUUACACUUAUAGCAGUCUUUACACAGUCCAGACGUCGCCUUUACGUUUGUGGGCUCUGACCAAGGACGUCUAUCGCGAGAGCAAGCACCGCAUACAGAAUCUCAGCCAAACGCCAGGAGAACUCGUCGAGUCCACGCGUAUUGGCCUGUCUGAUCGGUGGAAGCAGUUCUAUGGCAUCGUUCGGGACAGUAUCAGGGACUCCUCGAUCACGACCCUCCAGCGCAAGGUCCUUUCGCCGGUGGCCCUGAGUCGCGGUGAGGCCAGGAGAAAACUGGCACAUCUCAGACGUUUGCGAGAUAUGAUCGCAAGCGGCCUCGGCGUGCUGGUUGAUGAAGGACUGACAUUCGGCGGCGACGACGACGACGACAAGAGCGAGGCAGGUGUCAGCAGCCACGACUGGAAAGGUGUGGUGGAGAGGAGCGUGGCCCUCAUGGACAUGGUCCUCAAAGAAGCUCUUGUUCUCGAGUCCGGGGUUGCCGAGUUCGAGGACAAGGUGUUCGCCGGCGUAGAGGAAGAUCCGGAACUUAGUAUCCACAUCGAGGACGCCAACGCUGUAGAAAAGCCCUCUGUUCUCGCCCGACGUCUCCUCAAUAUCCUCGAUACCGGUCUCCCCAGCCAUGUCGCCGCGGCGCAGAUGCUUGUGCGCGACAACGGUCGCCCGUCACGCUUCAUUCGGUACUGGUUGCCUGCGACAGCAGCUCUGCUGUCAUCGACGACUAUCCUCCGGCUUCUCGCCAACCGGCGUGCAGAGAUUCUCGGCUGGAUUCAGGAUAUUGGUGCUACCAUGCGCGACUUUUGGUUCAACUGGGUUGUCGAGCCGACACGCAAGAUUGUGGGAACUAUCCGCCACGACUCAAGCAGCGAGAUCGCCAUCAUGAGCCGGGACAGCCUCAAAGCCGACCGGGAGAGCUUGGAGCGCAUGGUGGUGGACUUUGCCUUGGACAAGCCUCAGUUUGUAGGCAAUGGUUCCUCCCUCAGCGACGCCCAGAUCGCCACUAUCAGGGCCAAGGUCGGCGAAGGAGACGUCACGCCGGUGCUCCGCGCAUUUGAGAAGGACUUGCGAAGCCCCUUCGUGGGCGCCGUCAAGGGCGACCUAGUUCGGUCCCUUCUCAUCCAAGUGCAGAAGACCAAGGUCGAUCUAGAGGUGGCCAUCAGCGGGAUCGACUCUUUGCUCAAGAGCCAGGAACUGGUCUUUGGCUUCGUGGGUCUGACCCCCGGUGUGCUCGUCUCGAUUGGCAUUGUCCAGUAUCUACGCGGCAUCUUUGGCGCCCGGAAGGGAGCCCGUCACAGCCACAAGGCUGGGAAAAGUAUCAGAGUGUUGCGCAACAUUGACCGCAUCUUCUCGGAGGCGACGCCGUCACAGAACAACCUUCUCUCGUACAAGGACCACGGUCUCCUUCUGUGCGAGGUGCACGUGCUGCGCAGCCUGAUGCAGGGAGUGCUUCCCCGCGAUAGGCAGAGAGAGUUUCUUGAGGAUUUGGAUGACCUCGCCAACCUGAAAGGCAUUCAGGUGCAGGUUAGAGCGUUGGAUCGAAUUCGCUGGGCCUACGCCAGGUGGCUCCAGUGA